AUUGUAUUUAUGUAACGAUGCACGUUUUAAUUAAAAUUUGAAUAUGUACCUACAUAUUUUUCCAAUUGAAAACCAUUGUUUUCCAAGCUAAAUUUAUCAUGUUCUUUUCUCUACCUUUAUGUCUUAAGAAAAUAUUUAGGGAACCCAGGAACAUUUGGCUUUCAUUGACCUAAUAGAAUGGCAUGAAUGAAUGUAUAUUUUGAUGUACUUACUGCCAAGCAUCUUAAAAGUUAAAACGCAUUAGUUUUUGUAGUCCUAGUUCGAUUAAUAUAUGUACAUAUUUCUCUUUUUAGUUAGCAACGCACUUGCAACUUUCUACGCUUCGCCCUGGAAAACAAUCAAAACCAAUCCACUUUUACCUUCCUUUUGGGAUUAAACAUAAAUUAGUGAUAUCCUGCUAAUUGGCGUCGUGCGUGGCGUGGCGCGUUCUAGUAAAUGCAGCAAAGCAGAUCAAUCGAUCAGCAAAAAAAACUCAAAAACACGCGCCAAAGCAAUCUGGAUUGUACCGUUACAUCAUCAUAUGUAAGCGGAUCGAUCACAAUGGAGGUGAGUUUUCGAUUUUAUUUAUAGCCACUAAAACUGGCUCGAGCGGAAAGGAGAUGCUGGUAGACAUGGGUUUACAUACCGGAGAGAAGAGCAAACAGACGGACACUUUCUUUUAUCAAAUCCGGGGAAUCAUGCGGCACUGCACGCGUUCGCAACCCGCCAAAUUGGAUAUCAGAGACCGUGCCUGGCAUUUCUAUCACUUUCCUCGUCCAGAAAUUGGUUUGUUGUCUUCCAGAAGCGGUACGCGUAAAUUCGGGUAACGAAUAAAGCUAAUACGAGUUAGAAGCCGAGCACUUCCCAUGCUUGAGUGCUCCACAUUCUCUCUCUACCAGGUAAAAUAAGCACCACACGAUCUCCGGGCAGGAGCGGAUUAAGGUGUUAACUAUGAGGUGGAAGAAAGUGGGCCACGAAGGAUUAGGAAGUCAAUCAUCCACUCAUAUUUUCAAAAAUAUGUUUUUAAAACCAUAUUUGUGUCAAUAUAUGUGUCCAAAUUUUUAAAAUCUUUUGCCUGUUAUUUACUCAAUAAAUAAAUUAUUGCGGUUGUAGAGCUGCCUGCAUUUUUGGAAACUCCAGCCGACCCUGUACUCGGUGCAUGGGUUGUCGGGUUCUCUCAAUUAGCACCUCAGCAGCCCACUGGCCUGAUCCAUCCGACUAUGCCCCCAAAACUCGGGUCUCCAUUGGCUCAGUCUUCAUUGUGUCACAAACGCGAACGAACGUCUCUCUUGAUCGGUAGAUAAUCCGUAUCAGCUACGUUGCAGCAGCUCUAGCUCCAGCUCCCCGAGUGAAAACCGAAAGUGAUCCAUACGACAUCAGUUUAUCAUGUCUGCCGGUGGCCGUUCCUCGCAGCUAUUAGCCCUCGUGGCCAUCUUUUUCAGCAGCUACGUAGUGGGCAUCUACAGUGCGGCACGUGCCAGCAGUUUGGCCAUAGCUGAAGGUUCAAAAAUGAAAGAAUCGCUAAUACUGGGAAAUGAUACCCUCCUAGCGGAGUCGGACAACUCAAGCCUGGCACGCAGUGGUUCGCGGCAUCCUCGAUGGUUUCCCUUUUACACAAUUGGCCGCUUUUCCAACGAUAUAUGUAUAGGAAACAACCUGCUCCUAGGCACCUGCAUAAUCAACGGAGAGUGUACGGACAAUAGCGGGGUGGCAGCAGGCAGCUGCUCCUCCAUUACAGCCCAAGCCAUCUGCUGCAUUUAUCAAAGGACAUGUGGAGCAAGUACAACAUACAAUAACACGUACUUUUACAACAGCAAUUAUCCGGCUCCGUAUGCAGGCGGCGGUCGCUGUUCCAUAGUGGUCACUCCGCCGGAUUCGUCAGUCUGCCAGCUACGCGUGGACUUCCUUUCACUUUCGCUUGCUCCACCGACGGGCGAUGGAUUCUGUACAACUGAUGCCUUGACCAUCACUGGAGGAUCCUCGCAGGUGCCCAGCAUCUGUGGUGAAAACUCCGGACAACAUGUAUAUGUGGACUUCAAUGGAGUUAACCCGAUCACCAUCUCAGUAGCCACUUCUUCAAGUUACACAUUCAAUCGCAACUGGCAGUUCCAGAUUAGGAUGCUGGGAUGCUCGUCGGGCAGUUUAGCACCGGCCGGAUGCCUACAGUACUAUAUGCCAAGCAGUGGCACCUUGUCCAGCUUUAAUUACGUUUCGGCAGCUUCCUCGGCACUAAAUUCCAUCGGGGUCCAGGGCACCAGACAGUUAGCAAACACCAAUUACGGUAUAUGUAUCCGUAAGGCAGCUGGGAUGUGCUCCAUCUCCUAUAGCCAGGUCAGCUCCGAUACAUACUCCUUUACGCUGACGAAUGAUGUGGGUGCAGUCGAUCCUACUUUGCUGGCCACCUCGUCCGUUCAGAGUCAGGAUUGUACUACAGACUACAUCAUCAUUCCGUCACCAACACAAAGCGGAGUUGCGAUGCCCAGCGAUCGGUUUUGUGGAUUAGGACUGGUAACAACAACCUCUGCCGCGAAACCUUUCGUAGUAUACACAGUCACUGAUAGUAACGAGGAUAUGGACAUUUCGAAUCGCGGCUUUUACUUGUCGUAUUCGCAGAACGCAUGUCCAAUUCUGUAAAUAUGAUAUAAAUUAAAAAGACUUGAUAAUAAUAGCAUAAUUAAACGGUUAAGUAUAUAUUUAUGGGAAAGAAUGAGGCAUCCUGUAGAGAAAUUUAAACUCAACAUCUGGAAGAUAGGAACUUUAAUUAACAUUGGAAAGUAUCAAACAAUAUCCGAUUCAAACCAAUAUUCGUUAGGUUUGGUUUAAAUGUUUCGUGAAAGUAGCAAUUAGCAAAAAUGAUCUAAUGGAAAUUCAAACCUAUUCCAAGAAAUAAGUAUUACUUCGCGGUUUUUGUGACAAAACAGUUAGCAAAUUAAAUCGGAAA